GCCCACAAGCACGUGACUAGCCCUGGUCAUGUGACUCCGGAACUGGCAGCUGACGUCUGUUACCCUGACAACUGCCGGCCCGCACGGGCCUUCCGGGGAAGCGCGGGAUUCAGAGGCAAAAGCAGUGUUUCCAGUGUUGUAAAUAGGAUGUUUGUUUGGGAAGUGAAAAUUACUGAUUAUGGCUCACCAUUCCAAAGAAGAGCUGGAUGAAGAAUUUGAACAGUUUAUGAAGGAGCUUUCAGAUGAUUCUUUUGAAAGUUCAAGCAAAACAACUAGACAACCUGAAAAAGAAAUGAAGAAAGAUACAGUUCCUUGGUGGAUAACUGAAGAUGAUUUUGAAGAUGGUGGACUGCUUGGAACAAAUGUAAGCUAUUUGAAAACAAAGACGACUUCUCAACCUUUUUCAGAAAUAGAAGAGGAUUCUGCCGAAAAAAUUCAAUUUCUUAAGAGCAGUGGAACCUCUAUCUUAAGUGUUGACAGCUUAGAAACAAAUGAACUAGUAGUUUCUGAGCUGGAUCAUAGUAUUCUUGGAUUGGGAUUGGAUACAUUAGAAGAACAAGAGGAGAAAGAGCAGUUUUUUGCCAGGCUUGAGAAAGGAUUGACUUCAUCCAUUGAUUAUUCAAGAUUGAAUAAGGAAUUGGAUUCUAAUGACUCCACACAUUUUAAAACUUUACAUAGUUAUCAAGCUAAUGUAGAACUAACUGAUGUUGAACAUGAGACUGAAUUAAAACAUGAAGAAUCACCAGAAAAUUACACUGAUGAUUUUGAAGAUGCAGAGGAUAUAGAUGCACCUUUGAUUUCUAAAGAUGAUGAGACUCACUCCAAGGAUAAUCUCAAAUCAGAAGAAAUAAAUGUUCCCAAACAGGAAGAAGAGAAAACCGGUAUGCUGGCUAAUGUUGUGUUGCUUGAUUCAUUAGAGUCUAUUGAAGAAGUAAACCUUGAUGAACAAGAAAAAGCAACAGCUAAGCCAAAGACCCUACCAGAAAUGACUGAAAAUGAAAUGACAGGAACAGGUCUUUCUUAUGGACAGAGCAAUAGUGACAUUGAAGCCUUACAUCAGGCUUACUGUCAUAUAGCUCAUUCUUUGGGAGAUGCAGAAGAACAAAGAAUUGAGAGUAACACAGAGGAAAAUAUCAAGAGUUCAGUGAAAGAUCAUUCUCAAGAACAUGAAGAGUCUUCAAAAAACAUCUCUACUACUGAAUCUGAUCUGCCCACAGUAGAGGAGCUGAUGAAACCUAUCAGAAUAGAUUCCUUUGGGAUAACUGGUCUUGAUUUACAACCUGUCAGACACACUUAUCUCCUCCCCAAAGCAGAUAGCCCAAAGUACCACUCAGGACUGCCUCCAUAUGAAGGGCUAGGAUUUCCAGGUGAAGUGCAGUCCUCUCCAUCAGGUUUGGAUGUCACUCCACCUUGCCUACCAAUGGAUGAAUUAAAAAGUUCAAAGAAAGUGACUGAUAAUAAAGAAGCUGAAUAUGUUGGCUCUUUACCCCUUAAGAUGAAUGCAAAUAUUAUGUCUCAAGACCCAAGACACACGAACCAAUAUUUUAACAAAAAUGAGAAUGUGAUUUUACCAAAGACAACAAAUGAGAGUAUGGAAAAUAGCUGUCCAAUGGUAACUACUAUGGAAGAACACAUUGAUAAAAUGUACCUUGAUAUUUUGAAGAAAAAAAUAUCUGUUGAUCCUUCGUUAUUACCUCAGGAUGACAAAACUAACAAAACUUUCAGAUCUCAGCUCAGUUCUGGAGAAGAAGGGGCUAUAACUGGUAAACAGGUACCAUAUAAGAAGGCCAGAAGUGCACCUCCUUUGCUUAAAAGAAAAACCCAGAGUGGAUUAUAUGCAUCAGUUAGGAGCUCAGGCUAUGGCAAACCCAGUUCACCACUCAAGAUGUUUUCUACUUUUGAAAAGAAAACUUCAAAGGAUGUUGCAAAAGGCAAAAACUUGAGAUCCAUUCCUACCUCAAAUCAAGCUAGGAAAAAAGGUAUCUUAUCUGGAACAAAACUCAUCAAGCCUGCGACUUUGAGUAAACCAACUCCCAAAAGUGAAAGUCACCUGACCACUCCUAAUAAGUCUGAAGAUCACACAGCAGCUGAUUCUUAUGUUCAGUUUCAGACUGAUUCUUCAGGAUACUGUGGUGAAAACAAGGAGAAAGAAUUAUUCAUGCUUAAAAGAGUUCAGGAAGCCGAAGAAAAAUGGAGGGGUGCGCAAGCCCUAAUUGAGCAAAUUAAAGUCACAUUCUCAGAAAAAGAGAAAGAACUAGAAAAUAAGUUGGAAGAACUAAAGAGAGAGCAAGAAAAAGAGCUCUUCAAAUUGAAUCAAGAAAAUUAUAUUCUUCAAGCCAAGUUAAGUAGCUUUGAAGAAACAAACAGAAAACAAAGAUGGUUACAUUUUGGAGACACAACUGAUCCUGUCACUGGAGAAAAACUGAAGCAAAUCCAAAAAGAAAUACAAGAACAAGAGACACUUCUUCAAGGAUAUCAACAGGAAAACGAACGGUUGUAUAAUCAAGUGAAAGAUCUCCAAGACCAAAACAAAAAAAAUGAAGAACGAAUGUUUAAGGAAAACCAGAGUUUAUUCAGUGAGUUAGCCUCCUUAAAAGAACAGAUACACAAAAGUCGAUUCCUGUCUCAUGCAGUUGAAGAUUCAGAACCCACCAGAAACCAGAGUUUUACAGAUCUGUUAGCAGAACUACGGGUGGCACAGAAAGAAAAAAAUGGUCUGUUAGAAGACAUCAAAAGGUUGAAGCAAGAUAAACAAGGUCUUGAAGUAGACUUAGAAAAAAUGAAGAAGGAGCGGGACCAAGCCAAAGAUCAGAUUGCUUAUGCCACUGGUGAAAAGUUAUAUGAAAUAAAAAUUUUAGAAGAAACACAUAAACAAGAAAUCAGUCGUCUACAAAAAAGGUUACAGUGGUAUGCUGAAAAUCAGGAACUUCUGGAUAAAGAUGCAGUUCGUCUUAAGGAAGCAAAUGAAGAAAUUGAGAAGCUGAAACUUGAGAUUGAGAAAUUGAAAGCUGAAUCUGGGAGUUCAUCUACUCAGCAUAAGUUACGUUCAAAAGAUAGAGCAGUUGAUGCCAAAAAAAUUCAGGAUCUGGAGCGACAAGUUAAGGAAAUGGAAGGAAUUCUGAAGAGAAGAUAUCCCAAUUCUUUACCUGCUUUAAUAUUGGCUGCAUCAGCAGCUGGUGAUACAGUAGAUAGAAACACAGUGGAAUUUAUGGAAAAAAGGAUAAAAAAACUAGAAGCUGAUCUGGAGGGCAAAGAUGAAGAAGCAAAGAAAAGCCUGCGUACCAUGGAACAACAGUUUCAGAAAAUGAAGAUUCAGUAUGAACAAAGACUAGAGGAGCAGGAACAGUUACUUGCUUACAAAUUGAAGGAAGCACCCCAGAACCAACGUGACAAUUCCUCAAGGGUUAAAGCACUAGAGACGGAACUUGAGGACGUGAAGGAAGCCCAUCAAGUCACUGUGAGGAACCUUGAAGCAGAAAUAAAUGUUCUCAAACACCAGAAUGCUGAAUUAGAGCUCAAGAAAAACAGCAAAGAUGAUAAAGAUUUACAGUCUAUAGAAUUCCAGGUGGAACAGGCUCAUGCUAAAGCUAAACUGGUGAGACUCAAUGAAGAACUGGCUGCAAAAGGAAGGGAAAUACAAGACCUUUCAAAAACUGUGGAGAGGCUUCAGAAGGAAAGAAGAAUGAUGCUGUCUAAUCAGAACUCAAAGGGCAGGGAAGAAAUGAAUGUCAAAAGGCCGAAGAAAGAUGUUUUGCAUCCAAAUAAACGAAAUGCACACUCCUCUGGAACUAUGGAUAAGAAGUUGUACCAGCCACAAACUUUCACUGAUUCCCAUAUUUCAGAGGUUUUGCAAGAAAAUUACAGAUUGAAAAAUGAGCUAGAGGGAUUAAUUUUGGAGAGAAAUAAGCUGAAGAUGGAAUCUGAAACCGCAGUGAACCAAUUUGAAAACUCCAUGAAGAGGGUCAAGGAAGAUACUGCAGCACAUAUUGCAUCCCUGAAAGCAUCUCAUCAGAGGGAAGUAGAGAAACUCCUUUGUCAAAAUGCAGUAGAAAAUUCUUCUUCCAAAGUAGCUGAACUGAAUCGUAAAAUAGCAACUCAAGAGGUACUUAUAAAACAUUUCCAAAGUCAGAUUAAUGAGCUUCAGGGUAAACAAGAAUCUCUUACAGUUUCUCAAGUUCGAGAAGAAAUCCUACAGAAAGAGAUUACAAAACUCUUAGAAGAAUUGAGAGAAGCCAAAGAAAACCAUACACCAGAAAUGAAACAUUUCAUGAGUUUGGAAAAGAAAAUUAAGCAGAUGGAAAUGAGACAUAAGCAAAGAGAACAAGAACUUCAACAGAUAAUACAGCAAACACACCAAGUUGUAGAAACUGAGCAAAACAAAGAAAUUGAGAAAUGGAAAAGACUCGCACAGUUGAAGAAUCAUGAACUGGACAAAUUCCGCACAGAAUUAGACUCAAUACUGGAUGUUCUUCGGGAGCUGCACCGGCAGGGGGUGGUUGUGCCAGUUGCUUUUGCAGAUCAAGUACAUGCACCAGAGUUUUUCUAGAAACUCACAUUUUGUAUGAUCUCAUUGAAAGGCCUAAAGAUAGAUGAAAAUGUACCAUUGUCGGAAGGACAGCUUUUGAAAAUUAAGUGUACCAGUCUGUUGCCAGAAGCAAGCAAUACCAAAGCUACAUUUCAAAAUAAUCUGCCCUUAACCAACAGGGGGAAAAAUAAAUAAAAGCAUCAUGGUAUGUUUUACCAAAAAUCAUUAACUAAUCACAUUUUAAAUGAUUUAUGGACAGUUUCCUUAAUGUCAGAUGAUUGUAACUAGUAAGAUUUAUUAUAAAAGGUCUUACAUUCUAGAAAUGGAAAGAAAAAAAUUGUACAUACUCUGCCACAUUAUUACUGACCAAAUAUGUAUUCUUAAUUUUCUUUGUGACAGGAAAACAGCUCCUCUUUCCCAUGGAAAUGGGUAAAAACUUGUAAGCUCAGUGACUUGGACAAUCUCAUCAAUCAUAGUUGAGUUAGAGUUUCCCUAGUAAUUGAGAUGAGAACUUUAACUUCUCUGCAGGUAGAUGGUGAUGUCUUAUGUCCUCCCAGUUUCCUGCUCAUUCCUCUAGGUGGCUUUUUUUUUUUAACCUGAUGUAAGAUGGAAAAUACAUUUCACUGGUAGGGGAGUUUGAUUUAUACAUUGUUUUAUUCCUUUAGUGUGUGUCUUGUAAAUGCCAGUCCUAAUUUUUGUAAUUCUGAAAUUAUGAACACUAUAAUUUAUACCUUUUCUGUUGAAAAAUUAAUAUAUGUCCAUUAGAAGAAAAUACAAAUGUACAUAAAAGUAGCUAGAUUGUUAUUUUAUUUUAUAAUUCCCAUUUUAAAAGCAGAUAGGAAAUAUAUAAGAUAGUGAUAAGUCAAAGCUUUAGCCAGUUUGUUUUAAAAUGUACUAGGUCAGCACUAAUAGAAAUAUGUGAACUACACAUGUAAUUUUUAAUUUUGUAGCCACAACAUUUAAAAAAGUAAAAGAUAAAUAAAAAAUGAAUUUUGGCAUUUUUUUCAUAGUAAGUCUUCAAAAUAUAUAUUUAUAGCACAUUUCAAUUUGGACAGGCCACAUCCCAAGUAUUCAGUGAUCACAUGUCAUAAGUGCAAUUAUCGAGUAAUAAUUACAAAGUAAAAUGCUUCAUGAAGGACAGGUAAACUAGAUCUUGGUGAAAUUGUGGGCAACCAAUGUGAGGUAUGAAAGUUGUUAAAUAUAAAGGAUGCAAUUAUUGUCUUAAUUUUCAACAUUUUUAAUGUAUCUUUCCUAAGAGGGUAGUAAAAGCAUUAUAGUUUGUUAUUUUUUAUAUGAAAGAAUCUUAAGUUAUAAAUAAUUUAUUUUGAUUA